AUGGCCCAAACUAGGGUUGUGGAACUAGCCUCGAUAAUUUCGACUCAAACAAUAAUUGUUGACGAGUACCUCCGGUCUCAUGGAAUCGCCUCGCCAUCCUUCGAUGUGAACUAUAGCGAGACGCCUCAGAUUCCCAAAGAAAUUUCAGCCUCCAAGAACAUUAUCUUUGAGGCAACAGAAGAAUUGAACAGUCUUAUAGGGGGUCCUGUUGGCGUCCUCACCUCCAUGAACAUGACGAUUUUGUCAAUACUUCACGCAAUAUAUCGAUGGAAGUUAGCAUCAAGCUUUCCACUCGACGGAGAAGCAUCUUUCUCUGAGAUUGCUGACACGGUCGGGAUACCUGAAGCGGAUAUUCGGCGUAUCAUCCGCAUAGCCAAGACUCAUCGAAUUUUCCGAGAGCCACGGGAUGGGAUUGCAGCACAAACAUCAAUAUCCAAAGCUAUUGCUACAAUACCCCUUGUAGAAUCUUGGUUGGGACUUGUAACAGAUGAAAUUUGGCCUGCCUUCACACGGAUGGUGGAUGCUAUUGAAAGAUGGCCGGACUCCCAGGAGCCAAAUGAAACAGGAUACAACCUGGCCACAAACCAAUUUGAUACUUAUUUUGAAGGCAUGAAGAAAAGUACCCAUCGUGAAAAGCGAUUUGCAGAUGUUAUGACCUUCUUCCAGGCUGGUGGCAAAUAG